UCAAGCCAAGAUCUCGUGCAUUCUGGCAAUGCUGGAAAAGCUUCGCUUUAUCAAAUGCCUUCACAAGGAAGUAUGGAGGACCUUCUCUUUGAUGCAAUGGAGGAGUUAGACCUCACUUCGUCAUCUGCCAAAUCGCUUCCCCAUGAUGAUUACGAAAAUUCUUCCAUCAAUGAAAAGCAGAAACUUCUUUUCUCCAGCCCUGAUUUGCCAUCAGCUGAUCCUGAUCAUCCGCCGAUACCAGCCGAGUCCUCAAUUCGUUCCAAGGCUAACUUCGACGAUUUUGUGAUAGUUGACCCUACAACAUUGACUCCACCGGCAGAUUCUAUCCGAAUCCUCGUACCUAUUCUUCACCAGAUACCCUCUUGCCCUCCUCUCCCGACUGGCCGCUGGCAUCGUGGUGACGUACAUCAUCAACAUCUCUGCGACCUAAUAGAGAACUAUUAUUCGCCUAGCAACUUUGAAGGCGGUGACUUCGCGCAUUCCGACUGCCGAUUAAGUAAUAACACUCACGCCAAUAAUGACAUCUGGCAGCAACGUGCUUCUAACCUCUUUCUCGAUCCACCCGCUCUUACUCAUCGGAACGGACUUGCCUGA